AUGGUAUUUAUAUACAAAUUAAUCACCAUUCUGCUAUUGUUGGUAACAGCAGCAAAUUCAUUACCAACUUUAAAAAAGAAAAAUUUAGAAUUACCACAUGCCUUGAAACAAACAUACGGCCAUAAGAACAAUAAUGGUAAUGAAUUCCAAGUUUUCCAAUCUAAUACAGAUACUGACUAUUCAAUAAGAAUCAAAAAAAUUGACCCUUCAAUCUUAGGAGUGGAUACCGUUCAACAGUGGUCUGGUUAUUUAGAUUAUAAAGACACAAAACAUUUUUUUUAUUGGUUUUUUGAAAGUAGAAAUGACCCUAAAAAUGACCCUGUUAUUUUAUGGUUAAAUGGAGGUCCCGGUUGCUCUUCUUUUACUGGUUUGUUUUUUGAGUUAGGCCCAUCCUCAAUAAGUGCCAAUCUAACACCAGUUUAUAACCCCUUUUCAUGGAAUAAUAACGCAUCUGUUAUCUUUUUAGAACAACCAGUUGGUGUAGGGUUUUCAUACAGUGAUGAUGAACAAGUCACCAGCACAGCAGUUGCUGGAAAAGACGUUUAUAAUUUCUUGGAGUUAUUUUUCAACCAAUUCCCACACUUGCGUUCCAAUAAAUUUCAUAUCGCUGGUGAAUCAUAUGCUGGUCAUUACAUUCCACAAAUUGCCCACGAAAUUGCCAUUGAACAUUCAAGUGAUGCAUCCUUUAAAUUGAGCUCUAUUAUGAUUGGCAAUGGUAUAACUGAUCCCUUGGUUCAAUACAAAUAUUACCAGCCGAUGGCAUGCGGUAAAGGUGGUUACCCGCAGGUUCUAACCGAUGAAGAUUGUGCUAAGAUGGAAAGUGAAAUCCCAAGAUGUGAGCUGUUGAAUAAAGGUUGUUAUUUAUCCAAAACCAGUUUUGCUUGUAUUGGCGCUAAUAUGUAUUGUGAAAACUCGGUGAUUGGACCCUAUGAAAAAACUGGUUUAAACGUUUAUGACAUCCGUGCUCCUUGUGAAACCGAUGAUGGGAACUGUUAUAUUGGCCAGACUUACAUUGAGCAAUAUAUGAACUUGAAAGAGGUUCAAGAAGCCUUGGGCUCAGACGUUGAUUCCUAUAAAGGUUGUAGCGACGCUGUUUUCCUAGGAUUUGCGUUAACUGGCGAUGGAAAUAAGCCAUUCCAAGAAUAUGUUGCUGAACUAGUUGAUAGAAACAUACCUGUCUUAAUUUACGCAGGGGAUAAAGAUUAUAUUUGUAACUGGUUGGGUAAUUUGGGUUGGGUUGACCAUUUGGACUGGACUGGUAAGGAACUUUUUGAAACUCUUCCAUUAAGACCAUGGUACAAGGAUGGUGUACAGUAUGGCCAGUUUAAAAGCCUAGGUUCUUUUAACUUCCUAAGAGUUUAUGAUGCUGGCCAUAUGGUUCCAUAUGAUCAACCAGAAGCCAGUUUAGCUAUGGUUAAUUCAUGGAUUUCAGGAAGUUUUUCUUGA